GCGGCGCAGCGCAGCGCGGCCGCCGCCGCCCCGCCAUGAGCCGGAGGUAGCGGCGGCGGCGCCUUCCGCAGCCGCCGCCGCCCGCCCGCCCCGCCGCGGCGGCGGCCGGGCCCGCGAUGCCGAACCAGAAGGGCGGCAAGGGCAAGAAGAACAAGCGCGCCAACAGUAGCGGCGACGAGCAGGAGAACGGCGCGGCGGCGGGCGGCGGAGCCGCGGCAGCGGCGGGUGGCGGCGCCGCGGGUGGCGGCGGAGCCGGAGCGGCGGCCGCGGGCGGCGGUGGCGGAGCGGGCGGCGGAGCGGGCGGCGCGGCGGCCGCGGGCGGCUCGGCGCCCGGAGACGUCAAGAGCGAAGCUCCUUGUGCUACUCCACUGAUCUGUAGCUUUGGAAGGCCGGUGGACCUGGAGAAGGAUGACUACCAGAAGGUUAUAUGCAACAACGAGCAUUGCCCCUACAGCACUUGGAUGCACCUUCAGUGCUUCUACGAGUGGGAAAGCAGCAUCCUUGUCCAGUUCAAUUGCAUUGGCAGAGCCAGGAGCUGGAACGAAAAGCAGUGUCGCCAAAACAUGUGGACCAAGAAGGGAUAUGACCUGGCUUUUCGGUUUUGCUCUUGUCGGUGUGGGCAGGGUCAUUUAAAGAAGGACACGGACUGGUACCAGGUGAAGCGAAUGCAGGAUGACAAGAAGAAGAAAUCAGUGUUGGAGAAGAGUACAGGAAGGUCCAUGACAGAGUCAGCAGAGGAGGCCAAAAAAGGCAGGCCGGCCAACAAGCCGCAGAAAGGCUUGAGUAACGACCUCCAGCGAAGGCACUCUAUGGACAGGCAGAAUUCCCAGGAGAAGGGCGUCAUGGGUGGCAGCUAUGCCGUUCGCUCACCUUGUGUCUCUCCCGGCCAGUCCCCGCCCACCGGCUACUCUAUCCUCGCCCCCACGCAUUUCAGCGGCCCUCGUUCCUCCCGAUACUUGGGAGAGUUUUUGAAGAAUGCCAUUCACCUGGAGCCCCACAAGAAGAACAUGGCUGGUGGGGGCAUGUUCAGGAAUGCACAUUUUGACUACGGGGCAGCUGGCUUGCAAGCACAUAGAUCAGGACACUUCGAUACCCCUGUGCAGUUUCUGAGAAGGCUCGAUCUAUCUGAGCUGCUCACUCACAUCCCCAGGCAUAAAUUGAAUACUUUUCACGUGCGGAUGGAAGACGACGCCCAGGUGGGCCAAGGGGAGGACCUUCGGAAGUUCAUCCUUGCUGCUCUCAGUGCCAGCCACAGGAACGUUGUAAACUGUGCUCUGUGCCACAGGGCGCUGCCAGUGUUUGAACAGUUUCCGCUGGUGGACGGGACCCUGUUCCUUAGCCCAUCAAGACAUGAUGAGAUUGAAUAUGAUGUUCCCUGUCACCUUCAAGGAAGGCUUAUGCACCUCUAUGCUGUUUGUGUAGACUGCUUAGAAGGGGUUCACAAAAUUAUCUGCAUUAAGUGCAAGUCCCGGUGGGAUGGAAGCUGGCAUCAGCUGGGAACUAUGUAUACCUACGAUAUUCUGGCAGCAUCUCCCUGUUGUCAGGCUCGACUGAACUGUAAGCACUGUGGGAAGCCAGUAAUAGAUGUGCGGAUUGGCAUGCAGUAUUUCUCUGAAUACAGCAACGUCCAGCAGUGUCCUCACUGUGGAAAUCUAGACUACCACUUCGUGAAGCCAUUUUCUUCAUUUAAAGUUUUGGAGGCUUAUUGACGAAAGCUUUGCUUUAGUAAUAGCUAUUUUAUGGGUAUUUCAACUUUAUUACAUAUCUUUUUAUAGGAUUCAUUCUGUGAUGAAAUCUAAUUUCUUUUCUAACUGAAAGAGCAGCUUCUUUGUCAGUGUACAUAUUAAUAUGUAUAUAUACAUGUUGUUAAAACCAGAAUCCUCCUGACAAGAUUUCUGUGAAGGUUGGAGGCAAGCCAAUUUAAUGGCCUUUCAGUAUAUCCCAUGUGUGGGGUAAAGUUCAGCUAAAAAUGAUUUGGGUUUAUUUUUUUGUAUAGUUGUAAUUCAGUUUAUAGGAAGGGUGUGGGGAGACAUAAAGGACAGAGAAAUAUGUCCUGUUGGAAAAUGGGUAAUUGCGUAGGGUUGUUCCUCCAGCUUGGUGGAAAUGGGAAAUCCUUGGAAAGAAAUGAUUCUGUUACUGUUGAAUUCAUUUAGCCUUUUACAUUGGUUCCCAGGGGUGCAGGAGCUGGCCCUGUGUUGCCAGUCCCCUCAGCAGGUUUUCUUUCAGAUUUCCCAUGACCGGAGCAAACUAAGGUAUCAUGACAAGUGAAUGUAAAUGUGUGCCAGAAAAUGCAAUCUUGAAUGAAUUCUUUUGGCAUCGUGUCUUCCUGCCAUGUGUGUUUGAUGUGCAUUGCCCUCACUGAGUUACAGUGCAGGCAAUAGUGCUGCUUCCAACAGGGCUGUCAUGUGCCCAGCUGGGUCAUCUGCUCAUACCAAAACAAGCUGGAAAUCUUAAAAUGCAUUGUUUAAAGGUGUUUCUUCACAGACAUUUAAGGGAAGGAACUGGCUGAGCUGAGCGGGGAUGGGAUUGUAUGUGCCUGGUGGGACUGAGGCCUUGCUGCCUGCUGCAGGCUUGUGUGCCUGGUGUGGAAGGAGAGCCAUGAAAUGGGAGCUGGGCCCUCAGACCUGUAUGAACUGAGAGGUCCUGAGUACAAAACAUGUCAUCACUUUUUAAAACAAUUCAUUGCUGCACCUUCGUCUUUCAAAAUUGUGUUCAGUAUAGGAUCUAAAAACAAGGAGAUGUUUUAUUAAGAAAGCAAACUUAGCAUAUUUACUCUCCACAUGCCUCUGUGCUGUACAUAAUAGACUGCAUUAAGCAGUGAAUUUGUAUCAGAGGGCUUGGCCAUGUAGACUCUGCAGUUGUUGUUUCUUGACUCCCAUUUCUCUCUUCCUUAAAUAAAUUUUUUAAAAUAGGUCAUUAAUCUUUUGCUUGGUUUCUCAAAUCAGUUGAGAUUUAAGGGACGUUUGUUUUUUUAUGCUUUUCUUGAUAGCAAAAAGUGUUUGUCCACCGGAGAGGUGUGAGUUUUGUUUCUGUUUACAUGGUGGGAUUCUUUUUUGUUUCUUCUGAAGUCUUUUGUUUUUCCAAAGUAGAAUCUUUAUAGAGUGUAUCUGUUGAAAUCACAGUCUUGAAAAUGGCCCUGAUAGUCUGCCACCCUGGGAAAGAAAACAAAACAGUCAGAAGCCAAAACAGUGUUUUUUCUUAUGUUGGACUGAAAAUUACACUUUCUGCUGAAUUAAAAAAUUAUCGUGCACAUAAAACUCAAGCUGAAGAUCCAUGUUUCUUUGUGCGCAAAAAUGCCAAGUUCAGAGUUUUAUUUCCUGGCUGUCUUCACUGCAGAAUUAAUUCCUUUUAGCAUUAGCUACCCUUCAAGGAAUACCCAGGCUGCACAGAGCAUUUAUGUUGGCACAGUUUGAGUGGCAGUGUCCUUGGGUGCCACGCAGCACAUGUGGUCCAGUGCUGGUCUGAACAGCCGUGUUAGCAGGCUGUGGUAGCCUUCAGCACUGGUGCUCCUCUCCUUCUGUGCGAGUUCCUGGGCUUGGUUUUGGGUCUGGAGCACGUUCUUGGAGUUUUGUGUAGUUGUCCCCUUUGCAACAGUUUUGGGAAAAUCUGGGAGAAUUAUGGGAAAGACUUUGAGAGACUUCUGACACUGUCCAUUCAUGGCUACCACAAAGUUACACUGGGCCUGGCGGCAGUGGGACCAGCGCUGCACCCAUUGUCCAUAGGAGCAGGACCUGGCCUGGGCAUACCUGAGCAGGAAGCAGAUAAAACCUAAUUAGCUGUGCAGCGUAGACUUCCCUUGUGAAGAGCAAUCAAAUUAUAAUUUGGAUUAACUCCUCCACAAGGAUGAGCCCUUCAGCUGUGAUGGUGUGUUGAGCAACCUGCUGGAGUUAGGGUGGCUAACAAGGUUGGAGUUGUGUUUCCCGGCAGUACCAUGAGAACCAGACCAGACAGGAAACAGCAGCUGUUGGCAGUGGCCUGAAAUCAUGCAGCAAAGACAAAGCUCCCGUAAUUAAACAAUUAAAGAGAGCAAUUAAAGCUUACAUCUCUUCCUGUAGGUUCGGUCUUGAGUGCCAGUCACAUGUCAUGAGUCUAUUCCCACAUAGGAUACAUGGCAUUUGUGUGCCCACUUUUUUGUGCAGGGGUGAGAGGAAGUGUCACUGUACAAUGCACAUGGUAGGGGAGAAGUGGGAUCUGGAGUUGUCCUAGAUACUUGUUCACUUGCUUCUUAGAGUAGCCUAAUUUAUAAUUCUGCCCUUUAAGUUCUUGGAUGCCUCUCUAGACCUGUAUGUGUGACAAUCAGAAAUGAGUAGACAUGGAAUAAAGGGAAUAUGGUCAGCUUUAAAAACAAGUGUAUGAGAGAUUGUAUAAUACAUCCAAGUCAAAACCAGGAAUGAAGCAGACUGAGAAAAUGGGAAGGGGAAAGCACAUUUAAAGUCUUAACGCUGACAAGGAAUUACAUACAAAUCUAUUUAAGAAAACAGUUUAGUUCUUUGCCAGCUUUUCAUUUUAAUUCUGCUGUUAAAUGAGUCUUAUCUACUGCUAGAGGAAAUGCCUAUUUUCUUGUAAAACACAUCUCUCAACUGGAGGCUAGCAGCACACAUAGCACUGUAAAAAUGAUCCUCAGUGGAAACCAGCUAAGCUACAGAAAGAUUCUUCUGAACUUUCACUCCAAAGUACAUUAUCCCAAAUUCGUAGAGGCUUUCCCUGCUUCUUGUUGAUACUGAAAGCUACCCUUGGGUUACUGCAAAGUGCACAGUUUUCUGUAACAUGCAGAUUCCAGUGAAGCAGUCAGCCCCCACCUUUGGCCAGGAGAGUUUCCUGGGCUUUGCAGAAGUGGAAGCACAAAUGCAACUUCUUUGGGACCUUAUGGCUACUUUGGAGGUUAAACUAGACCACAGUUGUUCUGCUUUCUGUCUUGACAAGCACUGGAAGUAGUUAUGAGCUUACAAAUGCAUCAUAAGGGAAAUUACCUCCCUAGCUAGGGACCUGCCUGCUUUGCUUAUUUGGCUAGUUGAUUCUUCAUUACCUUUCAUUUUUCUGAUGCUGUGUGUUCUUUUUAAGAUGGCCCAUGGUCAGAUUAAAUUUGCCUAAAAUAUGUUUUGUAAAUGAGAAUGCAGUCCUCUGGAUUUGGAGGUUCAUUCUACUCUUCUUAAGUGCACGAUACUCCUUGUGAUAGUAAUAGGAGUUGCAUGUGCAAAUGCUUUUCUUUCCAGUAGUUAACUCUCCUUUCUAUAGGAGAGGCUUGCAUUUAGGUAGACUUCAUAUUUUGGAUGUGUAACACUGAUUUCAUCCAUCAGUAAGAUGUCUAUAAAUAAAUUUUGAUAACCAUAACUAACAAAAUGGACAUCUUUUACAUGCUGAUGUGUAAUUUGACAUCUACCAACAUGAACAGCCUGAAAUUGUUGUUCUGUCUAAUGCUGCAGAGUCAUUGAAACUACAGUUUUUUAUAGCCAGACCAUAGACUAUCCUAUAGUCUAUUUACACUAAAAUCUCCAGUAAUGAGCAGUGUAUUCAUAGUGAGUUUAAUUGGAAAAAUAAGGAAUAUUCCUACAAGGGAGGCAUCUACCCCAAUAUUUUUUUUUUCCUUUUUUUUCCCCCUCCCAUGUAUUCCUCAUUUUGCUGUACCAAGUAACCAAGGACAAACAUGUUGUAAGGCCACUGGUGAGAAAACCCCUCAAAAAUAUACUUGUCCAUAAAGGUUUCUUGUUGAGACAUUCUUGGAUUGCACUUUUGCAGAUGGAAGAAUAUGUACAUAGCAAAUGAAUGUUGAUGAAAUUAAAAUAAUUGGUUAUGAUAUCAUUUACAUGUGUUGUUAGAGAAUAUUUUGUUGUGAGUUCUCUGUAUUAAAAAGUAAUAAAUACCAGACA